CCGGAAUGAAAGCCGCCCGCAGCUGGCUAGGCUGGCGCAGCUCGCGGGGCGCGGAAGCCGCGCGGGCCGGAGCGGAGCGCGCGCACUGCCCGCCCGCCCCCGGCGCGCCCGCCUCCGCUCCGCCUCCGUCCGAGGCGCGGGCGAGGAGGCCGGGGCGGGGUAGCGCAGGGGGCAGGGCCGCGGCGGCGAGGCCGGGGGAACGGGGAGGAGCGGGGCCCGAUAAAAAGGCUGCGAGGCGGCCCCACCCCGCGGCAGGCCGGCGGGCAGGCUCCGCGCUUCCCUUCCGUCCGGCCCGCGCCGGCCGCGGGGAGGCGGCGCGCGCGGCCCGCAGCCCGCCCAUGGAGGCUUUCCCCUGGGCGCCCCGCUCGCCCAGCCGCGGCCGCGCCCCCCCGCCCAUGGCGCUCGUGCCCAGCGCCCGCUACGUGAGCGCCCAGGGCCCGGCGCACCCGCAGCCCUUCAGCUCGUGGAACGACUACCUGGGGCUCGCCACGCUCAUCACCAAGGCGGUGGACGGCGAGCCGCGCUUCGGCUGCGCCCGCGGCGGGGACGGCGGCGGCGGCGGCGCCUCCCCGCCCUCCUCCUCCUCGUCGUCCUGCUGCUCCCCCCACGCGGGGACCGGGCCCGGAGCGCUGGGGCCGGCGCUGGGGCCGCCCGACUACGACGACGACGACGACGACAGCGACGAGCCGGGGUCCCGGGGCCGCUACCUGGGCGGCGCGCUGGAGCUGCGCGCGCUGGAGCUGUGCGCGGGCCCCGCCGAGGCCGGGCUGCUAGAGGAGCGCUUCGCCGAGCUGAGCCCGUUCGCCGGUCGCGCCGCCGCCGUGCUGCUAGGCUGCGCGCCCGCCGCUGCCGCCACUGCCGCCGCGGAGGUGGCGCCGCGCGAGGAGCGGGCCCCGGCGUGGGCGGCCGAGCCCCGGCUGCACGCCGCCUCCGGGGCGGCCGCCGCCCGACUGCUCAAGCCCGAGCUGCAGGUGUGCGUGUUCUGCCGGAACAACAAGGAGGCGGUGGCGCUCUAUACCACCCACAUCCUGAAGGGACCCGACGGGCGAGUGCUGUGCCCGGUGCUGCGCCGCUACACGUGUCCCCUGUGCGGCGCCAGCGGCGACAACGCGCACACCAUCAAGUACUGCCCGCUCUCCAAAGUGCCGCCGCCGCCCGCCGCCCGCCCGCCGCCGCGCAGCGCCAGGGACUGCCAGCCGGGAAAGAAGCUGCGCUGAGCGCCCGGGCUCCCGUCUGCCCCCACCUGACGCCACCAGGGUCACCGCCUGCCCGCUCUCUCAUUUUUGGUCUGCGCACAGUCUUUCCCUCGCUGUGGGAGAGGCCUGGAGAUCA